AUGGCUCAGCUUCCUCCUGGGAUUCGUUUCAUCACUUCAUUUUCACGAGAUCAGUGGUAUAGAGCCUUCAUUUUCUCUCUCACUUUCUUGCUGUAUGCCAGCUUCCAUUUAUCAAGGAAACCUAUUAGUAUAGUUAAGGGAGAGCUGCAUAAGCAUUGCGGUGCUUCAAGUGAAGUUGAACUCAACUCCUACAAAGAGUAUGCUGCCCAGAUUCAGCCUGUCAAAAAGCCAUCUAAUGUAUCUCAGUGUGGUUGGGAGCCAUUUGAUAAGAGCAACUACAAGCAGUUACUGGGAGCACUGGAUUACUCGUUUCUGUGUGCAUACGCAAUUGGAAUGUAUUUAAGUGGAAUAAUAGGAGAACGGCUACCUAUCCGGUACUAUCUGGCAGUUGGGAUGCUUGCUAGUGGACUCUUCACUGCAAUGUUUGGAUUGGGUUAUUUCUAUAAUAUACAUAAUCUGUGGUUUUACAUAAUGGCCCAGAUAGCUAAUGGGUUGGUGCAAACUACUGGCUGGCCAAGUGUCGUUACAUGUAUUGGCAACUGGUUUGGAAAAGGAAGGAGAGGUUUGAGCAUGGGAAUCUGGAAUUCACACACUUCAGUGGGAAAUAUCUUGGGAUCCUUAAUUGCUGCUUAUUGGGUGUCUACGUGCUGGGGUCUCUCCUUCGUGAUGCCUGGUGUUAUCAUUGCUGUGAUGGGGAUUGUUUGCUUCCUGUUUCUUAUUGAACAUCCUAAAGAUGUAAGUUGCUCCUGCACACUAUCCAGUAGUUCUAAAACUUUCCUGAAUGGUGCAUCUCGAUUGAGAGUCCAGAUGCCAACCUUAAACACUAAGGAAACCAGCAAACCUCAGGAUCCAGAGAUGCAGCAUUUGCUUAUCGACAGUGAAAAUUGCAGUGUGUCACUGAACUCCAGUGCUGCGGUCACUGGGGAAGGUAGACAUGGGACAUCAGCUAUCAGCUUCCUUGGGGCCUUGCGAAUACCUGGAGUCGUAGAGUUCUCCCUUUGUCUUCUGUUUGCGAAGCUGGUGAGCUAUACUUUCCUCUUCUGGCUUCCCCUCUAUAUCACAAAUGUAGAACAUCUUGAUGCUAAAAGAGCUGGGGACCUUUCUACACUGUUUGAUGUGGGUGGAAUCUUUGGUGGAAUUUUGGCAGGCCUGAUUUCAGACAGGCUGGAGAAGAGGGCAUCAACCUGCGGAAUGAUGUUACUGCUCGCAGCACCCACAUUAUACAUGUUCUCUGCAGUCAGUAAAAUGGGCCUUGAGGCUACUAUAGUGAUGCUGCUUAUCAGCGGUGCCCUGGUGAAUGGCCCUUAUGCGCUGAUCACCACUGCUGUCUCUGCUGACUUGGGUACCCAUAAAAGCCUGAAAGGGAAUGCAAGAGCCUUGUCCACAGUGACAGCAAUCAUCGACGGAACAGGAUCUGUAGGUGCAGCUUUGGGGCCUCUCUUAGCUGGUCUUAUUUCCCCAUCUGGUUGGAACAACGUGUUUUACAUGCUCAUGGUGGCAGAUGCAUGUGCCUUGCUAUUCUUACUCCGUCUUAUUCAGAAGGAACUUCGGUGUAAUGCAGAUCAUACCCUGUAA